AUGACCUCCGACAUCCUAAUGCCACUGGCUUGCACCUCCCCAGAAAUCGAAACAAUAUUCGACCUAAAAAUAAAAAUAACAAAUGAUCCCGAAAACGAUACCAGUAACUCAGUCGAAAUAAGCACCCCUUCCACCCUAAAUUCACUUCCACCCACCACCCGACCCAGACACUACCGAAUAGAAUGCGACCACGGAACAGACUUCCUCUGGCGCAACUACGAAGACAUCACAGAAGAAGAAGAAGUUUCCUACCUAGACGCCGAUGAGAUGUUUGUCUCCGACUCCAAGUCCCUUCCCCAGUCUGUCAAGGAGCGGUAUCUCGACUGGGUCGAUUGCUUUCACCAAUACUGGGAUAGAAGAUGCAAUGACUACCACGCUCCUAUAUUUGUUAAUAAACAAGAGGCGGUCGCGUGGUAUGUUGCUGGUUACUUACUCGCUUGGAGAAUUGUUGCUUCUCCUGAUGUGGGAAGUGUGGAGUGGUUGGCUGGGCCUUCAAGUUCGGAGUAUUUACUGGAGAAGGGGAAUGAAACUGCUGUUACUUUGGAAUUUUUGAGAGAGAUGGUGGAUAUUUUGGAUGGUAGGAUGCCUGCUGAGUAG